CGUCGACCCAUUUUUUCUUUGCUCAUAUCCUAUUUGGGCCUUACUCUAAUUGAGGUCGUUGAUUGCCUUGGAGCUCUUCCAAUUUUUUUUUUGAAGAAGAGCAUCUUUUCAUCGCUGAGUCGUAUUCGCACUUGGCACCAUGGCUACAGCAGCAACUCAAGCUGCGCAGCUUGCGCAUCCUCCACCGAAAUCAGCUGCUAGCCAUCAUACCGACUCAAGCAAGCUAGAGGACCAGGCAGCCUCGGCAGCGUUGUAUACUGGACACCCUGAGUCUUCUCCUAGUAAGGGAGAGAGUCACUAUCCUCUGGAUGCCGAUCACCGGCUUUCCGCGGCAGGUGCUGCCGCAUCUUUGAAGCAUGCUGAUCCGACUACUCUUCCAUCGUACCCUGUGCUAGGGCUUGCCCACAAGGAGUCUUCUGCCGGAGCUGCUGCUAGCCUGGCACAUGCAAAUCAAAAACCAUUUGAACACUGGAGGCCCGAUUCUUCAGCUUCAGCAAGCGCUGCUGCCAUGCUGGCCAAAGACUAUAAACCUGCCGCACCCUGGAAGCCCGAACUGAGCGCUGCUGGUAGCAAGGCCGCCCUAUUAGCGCAUAGAGAAGGUGGGAAUGUUGAUAUCUGGCUCCCAGAGAAGACCCCGCACGGUAAUACAGCGGCAGGCCAGGCAAUGAGGACUCCUGGUCUAAGUCCCAAAAUUGACUACGGCCACACGCCGGAGGGUAAUCGACGUGCAUUGUUGGCUGCUACAGGGGCAAUGUCUGGCAACAGACGGAGAGCAGAGUCUUCCCCAGUUGUGAGGCCGUCUUACCCAGAUGCAGAAAAUUCAGCGGCCAAUGCGCUCAAUGCUGCGACAGUGGCUCAUCGCCCAUCGCAAAAGGUCCCAGCAGCCAAUCGGACCGAGUCUCCAGCCAUGUCCUCUCAGGAAGCAAGCCGAAUACACAAUAUCGCAAAGAGUAACAUCUCUCGUGAGAUGUAUUCUGCAACCCCCCCGGUCUCAAUUGAAGUAGAAGAGAAGAAGAAGCAAGAUGGUCUACGUGCAGCUGCAAUAUCCAUGGCGAAACAAAUGUACGAUCUCCAGCAACAAUCCAUUGACCAAGGUUCAGGCGGCGGCUACUCUAGUGGUCACCACGCAGCAACAGCGGCACACAGCCGGGGAGUCCCCGGUAAUGCCUCUAACCCAACCGGCACAACGUCACACGUUCCCAAAUUCGUAAAUCUACAGGAAACGGCUCAGAAACUCGCAGCAGAGCGUCUUGCAAGGAUUCAGCAGGAUGAGACCGCCGCAUACCGCAAUUAUUAUGGCAUGAAUCCGCCAUCGGUUCGGCGCUCCAUCAGACGUCCUCGACGACGAGCCUCAAGUGACAGCUCGGCGUUUGACGACCUCGAAGAAUCUCGGAAAAUUCGCUCACAAAUGAAUAUCUUUAAUGAUAAAUUAGCAAAGGUUGAUGCCGACAAGAGACAGAAAGACCGAGAGGCCCUUCUUGCCGCAGCGCAGAGAAACGUUCGGACCAGCAUGCAUGGAAUGGAUGAGCGGGUUUUUGCUGAGACUGGGAAAGUUCCACCGGCAUUGAUGGAAGAAUGGGAAGCCAAAGCCAGAGCCAAAGCGGAAGCUGACAGCGAGGCUCGCACGGCCAACCAAGGCAAGGUUCACAUUGGUGGAGGCAAAUUUGUUGAUCAAUCCGAUAUUGAUGCAGUUGCCUUGGCUAACGUGCAGCCAACUCUCGAUGAGAUUGACGAAAAGGCCGAGGAACGCCGAGCAAAAGAGAUAGAGGAGAAAUUGGAUGCUGAAGAAAAGAAGCGUCUUGCUUUGGUGGAAAGGGAACGUGAUGCUGAGAUGAAAGCUGACGACAAACGUACCAAGCAAGAGGAAAAGCAAGCGGAGCGUGCUAGGAAAGAAGAGGAAAAGGCACGAAAGGCAGAGCUGAAACGGCAGCAAAAGGAAGAGAAGCGAAGGUCCAAGGAGGUGAAAAAGGAGCAGACAGGUGGCGCUGCCGCCGUAGAGCCUGCCGCAGAAGAGGCUACAGCCGCCGGAGCAGUCACUGGUGGUGCCGCAGCUGAGGCGACCACUGCAUCUCAACCCUCGUCUCCCACAGUGGCCAGGGCGCCCGAGGCGGAAGAAGACGCAGAAGUCGGCGUUGAACCGGAAACCGCAGAGGCUCCUUCAGCACCUGCAGCUGAGCCCGCCACUGCAGAGGACCGACCUACUACCCCAGUCCACCAGAUGGCGGGUGCAGCUGUCGUCGGUGCGGCCGCAACCGGCGCCACUUCAUCAUCCGGGACUCCAUCACCGACAUCACCCAAACAUGAUUCCAAAGUCAAAGCUUGGCUCAAGAACCAUUUUUCACGUCACGGCAAGAAAUCUUCUGAAAGUGACCGACCUACUUCCUCUGGUGGUGAAGACCAGCAGCAUCCCGAGUCCAGAUCCUUUAUUGGCGGCGCAUCUCUCGCUCGUGCCAGUAAUGACGGCGGUGCUGCGGCCGCCAACGCCCCAGGAGGCGAGCCAGCGACUGACGGCUCCGUGCGUGAGGUUGCUGUAGCCGGUCGUAGCGAUGAGCAUGACGAUGGUCUUUACUCUGUCUCGUCGGCCGGAGAAGAAGCCGCAGCAGCAACGGCCGCCGGCAAGAAACGUGCCUCCAGGUCUCCCUCGAUUAGCUCUCUCGAAAGCGCGGCCAGGGGUCAAGACGCCGGGCGAGGACGUUCACCAAAACGCCUGGCAGACGGAUCGUCCACUCAUUCGCGCCAAGAGGAUAAUUUUGAAGAAGCCCGUGACACCGUUGACGAAGAGAGUCUGGCCCCGCCACCACCAAUUCACGAUGUGGCUGUAAAUGGAAGAGGCGCCUCGAUUAGUCCUGUCCGCGACUCCAAGUUUCAGGAAAACCUGUAGUAGCUCAUGAAUUUUGCUGCUAUUCCAGCUUCGAUCAUCUUUUCCCGCCCUCCUUUACGCAACCUUUCUUUUCUUCCUUCCUUCUUUCUCUCUUCUCUUCUCUACUUUUGUCUUCCCUUUUUCUCACUACCCCCAACGUAACGUGCUUUGCUAUUUAUUUACCCUGUCGUUUGAUGAUCUUCUUCUUUGAUAUACGAUUAUUCCCCCUAUUAUUACUAUUCUAUCUUUCUUUUUUUGCUCUUAUUUCUACUUCUUGCUCUAUUAUUUAUUUU